GCGGAAGUAAACAAAGCGGGUACCGUUUGUUCGUCUUGAGUUGUUCAUGUGCAGUUUUUGAGCGGAGUCCGUUUCUUACACGUCUGUAAUUAAGAGAUGAACGGCCAAGCCGAGUUAGAUGUGGAUUACAAGCGCAAAUACAAAAACCUAAAGCGUAAAUUAAAGUUUCUGGUGUAUGAGCAAGAAUGUUUUCAAGAGGAGCUGAGAAGGGCACAGAGAAAGCUCCUGAAGGUCUCCAGAGAUAAAAGUUUCCUGCUGGACAGAUUGCUACAGUAUGAGCGGGUGGAUGAGGACUCUUCUGACUCGGAAGCCACGGCGUCCUCAGACAGCGAGGCAGAAGCUCCAAGGGAAAGGGAGCCAGGAAAGAAGAGGAGAAGUCCCGGCGCUCCGUCCCUCGCGUCAUCCUCGUCCCCUCAGCUUUCUCUCCUCUCUCGGCCCGGAGCGAACGCUCUCCAGGCUUCAGCGCCCGCUCAGUACCUCAACACGUUACCCUUCCCUCCUGACUAUUUGGCUCCCUCUGCUGAGCGAGUGAGGAAAGAGAGAAAACCAAAACCACCAAAACAGAGAAAAGAGUCUGCAGGAAAGGUGGUUUCUCCGUUGGCAUCUAACUACCCAGCAGGGAGCACGCCGGGCGCGGGUUCGUUCAGCUGGGUGCCGCGGCAGAUGCUGAGCGGCGACGCUGCAGAGGAGGACGGAGAGAGCGAGGGAGAAAGUGAUGGCGGAGAGGAGGAGAGGGGAGAGGGAGACGAAGCAGAGCUGGUCAUUGACAUUCCUAAUGAGUGAAGGUGAAGUGGACAAAAGACUCUAGUGUUCGUUUAGCAUCAGCGAAGGAUUUAUCCAGCUGUGUCUUGGCUGUAAUUGUGCUACACGUGUCGUCUCCUCUCCACUAUUUUUACAUUUUACAUAACUGCAAAUAUUUAACAAGUAAAGCUACAGCGCAUACGAUAUGUUUUUGGUUAAAAAUGAAAAAAGUCAUUGGUCUGUCUAGGAAGGAAACGCUACUGAAAUCAUGAUGCGAUAUUUGUCCUCAAAGACACACAGCCGCUGUAGGUGUUUUGGCAGACGCUCGUCUGUAUGUGUUGAUUCAGGAUCAGGUAAAUUGUGUGUGUGUGUGUGUUUGUGUGUGUGUAAGAAGGUUGAAAAGAUUUGCUGACUUAUAAUUUAGCCUUUAGGUGAGCAAACUGUCUGUUACAGGGCUUACGUUCCUCACAUUUGAUGAAAAAAAAAAAGAGUUUAUAUGCAUAUACUGCUUGAUCAACAACAAAAAAAAUCUCCCACACUUUCAUACAAGAUUUCAUACAAUCAUGUUUAGCUUUAUUUACACGUGCACACGUGGUGUGGUGGCCAGGUCAUGUGUGAAAAUGAUUCCUCGUGCUCGCAGAACCGCUCUUUCACAAUGUGAGUCCUAGAAGAUGGCGCGUGUCAUCAGGGAGGAAAAAAUCUAUAGAUGUGAUAACCUGGUCAUUCAGUACAUUCAGGUUGUCAGCUGAUUUAAUUUUUUGCCACGCACUGUUGCAAUAACGUUAUGUGGCAGUGUAGUAUUGCAUUAAAAUCAACCACCUGGUCAUUCUUUUUAGAUGGGCAGAGACAUGAUUUACUAGCAAAUCUACCAGCUUUUCUUGUUAUAUUCAACAUCUGGCUGAUUAUUAUUAUUAUUAUUAUUAUUAUUAUUAGUAUUCCUGUUAUGAGAUAAAAUGUCAAAUAUGAUGAAUUGUAAUCAGAUUUUUGUUAAAACUGUGAUCUGUUGGCUCUGUAAUAAUAAAAAAAAUAUUAUUACAGUAUUGUUCAGUUAUUGUGUACAUUUUUCCCCUCUCAAAAUGGAAAAUAAAUACAGCUAGCCAUGGUUAGAAGCCAUGCCCUGGUAAUAUAAUGAGGUGCAGAAGAGCGUAUGAACUCCUAGACAGCUUGCUUACUGUAACCUUUUAUAAACCAGAGCUGAUGCACACAGACAGAUUCAGCUUGUUAUAUAAUCAUACGAGACAUUUUCACUUUUUAGUCCAGUAAUUAGCCAGAAGCUGAAUUUCUGUCUGGUGUCGAAGGCUUUUCUUAGUAGAUUAUCUGCAUACUGUAUUUAAUGUCAAGACACAAAUUGUCUCUGUCCAUCGACUAAUGAUGAUCUGUUACCGCUAAUGGACAGAGUAGGAGGGGAGAGUAGUUUGUGCAUAACAACUGAGCCACAGUCCAUAAUUGUAUACCUAGAACAGUUGAUGUUGCAUAAGUAUUCACCCCCAGUGUGAACCUUUCUAU